UUGAAGACGGAAACAUUACCCAAACACAGCGCAACGCCAGAAGAGAAGGGCAACUGCAAGCAACAUCUGAGAGAAUCUUCCCCUUUUCUCAAAUCAAAUCUCACUAAACUAAAACGUUUAUCAUUAUUAAUCUGUUAAAUAAAACCGAAAUUUUAGGUGUAAAGUGAAAGUCUUUGAAUUCAAACCUAUACAUUCUUCCUCUCUCCUCAGAGUUUUCUCCCAAACUACAGCGUAAAUUUAAACACAGUUAGCUUACAUAUAUGCACGGUGUGUGCGCCGACCUAGGUGCUUUUUGCUGAGAGUUUGUGAAGAACUUGAAGAGGGCUGAGGAGAAGUUUAACCGACAAUGCUGCAGACGAGAACAGUACAGGUGAAGCGAGUGUCAGAUCUAGCCACUGAGAGAGAAAUCCAUGAGUUCUUUUCUUUUUCCGGUGAAAUUGAACACAUUGAGAUCCGUAGAGAGCCAGGGGACUCGAGGACCGCGUUUGUUACGUUUAAAGAUCCGAAGGCACUUGAAAUCGCCUUAUUGUUAUCGGGUGCAACUAUAGUCGACCAGGUUGUUAGCAUAGCACCUGCAGAAAACUACGUAUUACAACCUGAGAUUCGGGAAGUGAGGUUUGUUGACAAUGCUGUAAACAUGUCACAAGAGAACACUUCUCCAGUUGCUGAGCAGGGAAAGAUGAGUCCAAAUAAUGGGAGAGUGUAUAUCAGUAAAGCCCAAGAUGUUGUGUCAAGUAUGCUUGCAAAAGGUUCAGCUAUUAAACAAGAUGCUGUAAACAAGGCCAAAGCAUUUGAUGAAAAGCACAGGUUGACUGCCAAUGCAUCUGCUAGAGUAAUUUCCUUUGAUCAGAGAGUUGGGCUGACAGAAAAGCUUACUGUUGGAAUUUCAGCUGUAAAUUCAAAAGUGAAAUCUGUGGAUAAAAGAUUUCAAGUGUCUGAUAAAACCAUGUCAGCUCUUAUGGCUGCAGAGAGGAAAUUAAAUGACACUGGGUCAGCUGUCAAAUCCAGCAGGUAUGUGGCUGCUGGAACAGCUUGGCUGAAUGGUGCUUUCAACAAGGUGGCGAAAGUUGGGCAGGUAGCUGGUAUGAAAACUAGAGAAAAAUGGAAUUUGGCAUUUUCAAACUUGGCGGCUAAGGAUUCUCCUAUUGCUGCCUAAAUCUGGACAGCUUGGUUUGGAAUUGUUUGCUUAAUCUCACAAGAUAAGCUAUCUUGAAGUUGGAGUUUCACCAUUGUGAUCAUUGAAACAGUAGCUCCGUUCUUCGUCUGAUCCAUGCGACUCUUGAAUUCUACACGUAGUUGUGCAGAUCGAUUUGAUUGUUUAUAUUUGUUUAUCCUUGUUGGGUACCCAUUUGUCUCCAUAACUUCCCAGCGUGAUACUUAAGUAAUGACCUUAUAUUGGUAUUCCAUAAAUUCAACCCAUGAUUUUAUGUUUGAGAGUUGCAGAUUCCAUCCUUUUCCAUAAAUCUUCCCUCUCAGUUCUUUAUACCUUUCAUGUUAACCAAUUUUGGAAGGACCCUUCGUUCCAAUCUUUCCUGCUCUCACUUAGCCACUCUGCUUUUCAAACAAGUCACGGUCCCGUGGCUUGUUUCAUAUCUUGUCAAGGUAAAAUAGUAUUCGCUGUGAGGUUGCCUUGUAGCUCACAGUGUUUUAUCGGGUAGCAUUCUUGUGUAAAUUGAACUUUACUGUACAUACAUUGGUUUUUCUGUUUAA